AUGUCUCCAGCCCCUUCUCCCUGGCUCUCCACUCUCGACCUUGCGCUGUCCCGUCCGAGACCCAUUGCUCUUCCUGCACCCCCUCCUGUCCAGCCCGCUGUCCUCUCGCCCCUGCCUCCUCUGGUGAUAGUGUCCUCUCUAGCGGUGCUUGUUUUUGUGUUGUAUCUCUGUGCCCGUGCUGACCGUGUGGUUCUUAGAUUUUUUCACAGCAGCAGACCCAUCUCUCUCUCUCUCUCUCUCUCUCUCUCUCUCUCUCUCUCUCUCUCUCUCUCUCUCUCUCUCUCUCUCUCUCUCUCUCCACCACAUUCCCACAUACGGCACUGUUGCUGUUGCUCCCCACUAGCCAUUCUCAGCAGAGAUGCAGCAUUGGACAUUUAUCAUGAAUGUUCCCAAUGCAGCGGGACCUUCAGGCUUCUUAUCAUGCAUGUUUGUGGGUGUGUUGUGCUGUGUUGUGAUGUGCUGUGCAGUGUGUGUGUGUGUGUGUGUGUGUGUGUGUGUGUGUGUGUGUGUGUGUGUGUGUGUGUGUGUGUGUGGUUGCUUUUGUAUGGAUGGGGUGUGUAUAUGAAUCAGGAAAUGGAAAGCUGCAACACAUGCAUAGUAAAAAUUGUAUAUAUAUAUAUAUAUAUAUAUAUAUAUAUAUAUGUGUGUGUGUGUGUGUGUGUGUGUGUGUGUGUGUGUGUGUGUGUGUAUGUAUGGGCCUUUGCGUGGUUAAAUACAUGUUCAGAGAGUGUUGUGCGACAAGCAGUGCACCUGUAUGAUUUUUGUUUGCAUGCUUGUUUGAAGUUGUGGUUCCAUGUGUCGUGUUUGUUUUCAUGGUCUCACUCUCUGUGUGUGUGUAUGUAUGCACAGUAUGUACAGUAUGUGUGUGUGUAUGUAUGCAUAUACAUUAUGUGUGUGUGUGUGUGUGUGUGUCCGUGCAAGCACGCGCACCACUCUUUGUUGCUAUUCCAAACGUGACCCCGUCGCUGACCAAGUAAAAGUUUGUGACUGUGCCUGUGUUGUCACUGCCAUGGCCAGGCUGCGUCUGGAGGCCAGGGCCUAGGCAGGAGUGCACUGGCAGGGGUUACUGUCACAAACCAACUGCCUAAGUGUGCACUCCCACUAUGCUGACUGUGUCUGCUUGUGCGCGCAACCUCUGGCAGCACGUACCCUUAUCUAACUGUGGCAAAGGGCAUCCGUCUUUGUCAUGAUUACUGUAUUACUGGCAUGCCCUCCAUGCAAAGAGGGAGGGCGACUUAUCUUAAAGCCAGUUAAGUGAACAUCAUAAUUUUUUCUCUCUCUUCAUCUUUAGAGUGUGUAGUGUGAUUGGUGCAACUAGAGUGUGAUUGGUUCAAAUGUGACACAGUAGAUAAACACAAACGUUGAUAAGCUAGCUAUAGGGAAAAUAGCUUUUAAUAUAUUAUUUAUUCAGCCAGAUACUUGACAUUUGUAUCAGACAAUGACAGAAGAGACUUUGUGACACCCUUUGUGAAGGCAAUUCAGAAUGCCACUAGCAUCAGUGUCGGCUAUCAUGUAGGAAGAGGACACCCGUCAGAGAUAGCAAAUGAUGAUCUGUCAAUAUUUCCAUCACGCCACACUCUCUGAGAUUCAAUAUGUUGUAAAUGUAUGUACGUCAACCUCCUCCAUCUCUAAAGCAUGUAAUCUGCAGUAAUGACCUGACCAACUGUCACACUCUGUUUCCCUGUCACCAGUCUUGAUGACCCCUGUGAUCAUGUCAGAGCAGAAGUUAGUUUUGCUAUUAAGUGCCCAGUGUAAAGUCUUGUUUCUGUGGGUCUGUCCUCUAGUGAAGUGGUGUUCUGCCAAAUAUAGACAUUGCCAAAUAGGUAAUUUAUUCAUUCCACAAGGGUGUGCUCAUAAAUCCUCUAUCUUGCGCUCACUGUCUGUAAACAGUAUUUGUCUUUUACUCUGACUUGAGAGUCGAUUUGCUUUACUGGCAUGGGUAACACAUCUGUAUUGCCAAAGCUAAUAGUAUGAAAAUGAAUAUAAUAUGCAAUAGAAUAUUACAUAGACAGUGUAACACACAUACGUAUCAAAAUAUUAUUGUCUGCAGCAGAACACAUUUAACUCCCCUUUGUAAAUGUAUUUAUUUGGGAGCUGUACCAGUGGUUACAUACUUUCUGUAUCUCUCUUGAUCUCCAAUAAAUCUGUCCUCACUCA